AAUUACAGCAAAAAGGUUUACUCCUAGACACCCAUAAACACAAAGCAUGGCACCCGUUUCCCUUUCAAUCAUCUUUCUUGCAACAUGUGCAAUGUUCUGUACCUUAUAUGUUGUAGGUUCUUCAAAUGAAGUUGAUGCUCUCCUAAAAUGGAAAUCAACUCUUCAUACCCAAAAUGUUAGCUUCCUUCUACCUUCAUGGACAAAUGAUCAAAAGACAAUGUCUCCAUGCAAUUGGUAUGGUGUUUCAUGUAAUAAAAAUGGUAGCAUAAUCAGAUUGAACCUUUCCUCAUCUGAUUUAAACGGUACUCUUGAUCACUUGUCCUUCUCCUCGUUCCCGAAUCUCUUAUAUUUCGAACUUAGUUUAAACAACUUUUCUGGGAUUAUCCCACCUACAAUUGGUCACCUGUCAAAACUUGUUUAUCUUGAUUUCUCCUCUAAUAAGUUAACUGGAAAAAUCCCACUAGAGAUUGGGGAACUGAGAAACCUUUCCACCCUUCAUUUGUUUCAAAAUCAGCUGACUGGUUCUAUUCCACAAGCCAUUUGUCAAAUGAGAUUACUUUCCGGGCUUGCGUUGAGUAAUAAUAAUCUACAUGGUUCGAUUCCCACCUGUUUUGGUCAGUUAUUGAAUUUGCGUUAUGUUUAUCUGAAUCGUAACAAUAUUUCUGGUCCAAUUCCUCAUGAAUUGGGAAAUCUUUACCAUCUAGAGGAGCUUUAUAUGAAUACAAACUAUCUAACUGGAUUAUUACCAGAAACUUUGGUCAAUCUAAAGAAUCUUACUGUCUUAAGUCUAUACGACAAUCGUAUGAAUGGAUCAAUCCCAAGAGAAAUAGGUAACAUGACUUCAGUCAUACGGGUGGAGCUACAAUUGAACGAUCUCAGUGGUCCUAUUCCUUUGUCUCUCGGUAAACUUGGAUCCCUUUUUGUUCUUCGUCUCCAUUCUAAUAAACUUUCCGGUCCCAUCCCACAAGAGUUGGGAAACUUGACAUCCCUUUCUAAUCUGCAACUAGGAAACAAUCAACUCAGCGGUUCCAUUCCAAGUUCAUUUGGUAACUUACAAAGCCUUGAAAAAUUGUCGCUUAACGAUAAUCAACUUUCUGGUUCUAUUCCACAAGAAUUUGGAAAGCUGAAAUUGGUUGAAAUUCUAAUAAGCAACAACGGUUUUUCUGGCAAUUUACCUGAUGAAAUCUGCAAUCAAAGGAAGCUUGAGUAUCUUCUUGUUGAUAAUAAUAAACUAACAGGAAGAAUUCCUAAGAGCUUGUACAACUGUUCUAGCUUGAUCCGAGUCCGUUUUGACGGAAACCAACUUACUGGAGAUGUUUCCAUGAGUCUUGGUGUCUAUCCGCACCUCACUUACAUUAAUCUAAAUGGUAACCAGCUUUACGGGGAAAUCUCAGACAACUGGAGUAAGUGCACAAAUUUAACCACUAUACAGAUGGGAGGGAAUCGAAUCCAAGGUAAAAUACCUACUUCCCUCGGAAACUCAAUUCAGUUAGAAGUUCUUAAUCUUUCUUCCAACGAUUUGGUUGGAGAGAUACCCAAAGAAUUUGGAAGGAUAACUCGCAUGGGGAGACUUAUUCUAAGCAAUAAUCGGCUUUCUGGUGUCUUGCCACAAGAUUUAGGAUCGCUAGCCCAUCUCGUGUAUCUUGAUCUAUCCAUGAAUAAGUUGAAUGGUUCCAUUCCAUCUUCCCUUGGGCAGUGCUCAAAACUAUUUUCCUUAAACUUAAGCAACAAUGGAUUUACUGGUGGAAUCCCAGUCCAAUUAGGUAGAUUGGUUCAGUUGUCUAAUCUUGAUCUGAGUCAUAAUUCACUCAUCAAAGAGAUACCUUCUGGGCUUUCAAGUAUGAGUAGCUUGGAGAUACUAAAUCUCUCUCACAAUGAACUUUCAGGUAACAUUCCGGAGAGUUUUGAAUCAAUGAAUGGAUUGUCGAACGUUGAUCUUUCUUAUAAUCGCUUACGAGGUCCCCUUCCCAAAAGCAAAGUCUUUAUGGAUCUUCCAGUAGAAGCAUUGCUAGGAAAUGAAGAUUUGUGCGGAAAUGUUACUGGAAUGAAACAAUGUGCAUCAGAAAGCCAUUCCUCAGAUCGGAAAACCAAUCUCACACUAGUGAUUUCACUUCCACUUCUUGGAGCUCUUAUACUCGGCAGUCUAGUGGGUAUAUUCAUUUUCUGUAAUUGGAGAACGAAGAGGCUGCCGUCAACACACCAUGUUGAGGAGCAUAAAAAUGGCCUAAGUUUCUUUUCGGUUUCCACUUUCAAUGGAAAAGAGACUUACAAUGAAAUCCUAAACCGAACCGAGGAAUUUAACAAAGCCUAUUGCAUUGGAAUGGGAGGAUGUGGAAGUGUGUACAAAGUGAAGUUGGCAUCAGGUGAUGUACUUGCUGUAAAGAAACUUCACUCUUCUUCUGAGGUGAUCAAUCACAAUGAUUUCCUAAAUGAGAUUAGAGCAUUGACAAGAAUACGACAUAGAAACAUCAUAAAACUGCUUGGCUAUUGUUCGCAUUCUCAAAACUCAUUUUUGGUUUAUGAGUAUCUGGAAGGGGGUAGUCUAGCUGAUAUUUUGUGCGAUGAAACAGCUCAAAAUUUGGAUUGGAUGAAGAGGGUGAACAUUAUCAAAGGUGUUGCAUACGCUUUAUCUUAUAUGCAUCAUGAUUGUUCCCCAGCUAUCAUUCAUCGCGACAUAUCAAGCAAAAAUAUUUUGCUUGAUUCUGAGUACGAAGCUUGUGUUUCAGAUUUUGGUACCUCCAAAAUUAUGAGCACAAAUUCUUCGAAUUGGACUAACAUUGUAGGAACAUUUGGAUACCUUGCACCCGAACUUGCUUACACAAUGAGUGUAACGGAAAAAUGUGAUGUUUAUAGUUUCGGAGUUCUUGUGUUAGAAAUCAUCAAAGGGAAGCAUCCAGGCAAUAUCAUUACUUCUCUAGCAUCUCCGCUGGCAGAUGAUCAUCAGUUCAAGCUCAAUGAUUUGGUGGACCAUCGUCUUCUUGUUCCACUCUCGGAAAUCAAAGAAAUUCUAACAUCAAUAUUGAUUCUAGCGAUUAAAUGCAUUAAUUCGAACCCUGACAUAAGGCCAACAAUGCAAGAUGUUUCGAGACAAAUUGGUAACAUGCUAAAAUGAUAAGAUGGAGGUUAAAUUC